AAAGUGUUGUUUUAGUAGGGGACUUUAUAUUUUAGGUAUCAGUUGGGAAACAUUCUUGCCAGAACUGACUUGGUGGAUUAAUUUGAUAUAUUAGCUUCCUCAUCAUUCGAUAUAAUGUUAGAUACUAAUUAUACAAAUAAUUUCUCACCAGGCACUUGCAUUACUUUAGCAUUUUUAAUGACCUUAGUAGCUUUUGCUAUAAUGCUAGGAAAUGCUGUGGUCAUUUUAGCUUUUGUGGUGGACAAAAAACUUAGACAUCGAAGUAAUUAUUUUCUUCUUAACUUGGCCAUUUCCGACUUCUUUGUGGGUGUGAUCUCUAUUCCUUUGUACAUUCCUUACACACUGUACAACUGGGACUUGGGAGAUAAGCUGUGUACAUUUUGGCUCAUUAUUGACUAUCUUUUGUGUACAGCAUCUGUGUAUAACAUUGUCCUCAUCAGCUAUGAUCGAUACCAGUUGGUCUUGAAUGCUGUGUCCUAUAGAGCUAAACAAACUGAAAUCUUGAAGAUAGUGGCUCUGAUGGUGGCUGUCUGGGUGCUAGCCUUCUUAGUGCAUGGCCCAAUAAUUCUAGUUUCUCAGUCUUGGAAGAAAGACUGGAAAGAAUGUGAACCUGGAUUUUUUUUAGUAUGGUACAUCAUCGCCAUCACGUCAUUCUUUGAAUUCCUGGUCCCAGUCAUCUCGGUGGCUUAUUUCAACAUGUAUAUGUACUGGAGCCUAUGGAAGCGGGGUAGUCUCGGUAGACGGCAAAGCCAUCCUGGUCUCAAUUCUCCUGACUCUUCCAAUGACUGUGGACACUCAUUCAAAUGUCGACCGUUUUCAAGGACAUCUCUUCCUGAAUUGAAGGAAACAGAGGUGCCCCUUCGUUCAGAGAAACAGAGAAGAAAGAGCAGUUUCUUGCAUUCUUUCAGAACCCAAGUAAAUACUUGUACAAUUGCUUCCAAAAUGUGUUCCCUCUCCCAUUCACAUUCUGUAACUCACCAGAGGGAACAUCUUGAACUGCUGAGAGCCAAGAAAUUAGCCAAGUCACUGGCCAUUCUCGUAGGUGUUUUUGCCAUUUGCUGGACUCCAUAUUCUGUGUCUGCAAUUGUUCUUUCAGACAAACAUCCUAAACCAUAUUGGUAUGAAAUUGCAUUUUGGCUUCAGUGGUUAAAUUCCUUUGUUAAUCCUUUUUUGUAUCCAUUGUGUCAUAAACGUUUUCAGAAGGCAUUCUUGAAAAUAUUUUGUAUGAAAAAGAAAACCAUACUAUCACAGAGCUGAUCACUAUCCUCUUAAAGAUAAUUUUCUCACUUACAUACAUUUCAGUCUUCACUGCACCUAAACAAAUUUGUCUUUCACCUUGUCGUUUCCACUCUGCCAAAAAAGUCCGUAACACUGUAGUGCCAACAAACUUAAUAAAAAAUUUAACCUGGAAGUCAGUGGAAAAUUAUUCUGAUGAACGAUAGCAGUAUAAUUAUAAAUUUCCAAGAAUGUUUUUGUAUACGAAUAGCCACAAAAGUACCAUAUUUUUCUUAGUCAUCGCCUCUUCCUUGUUCGUUAGAUCUUGAUAUAACAUUGACUAUGACAGUUAAGAGUUUCUGUUUUCUUUUUAUGUUCAGUGUUUGCUACAGUCUUAAGCAAGUUCCCCUUUUUAUUGUAUAGUAAUGAAAACUCAUUGAGUUUUAAAAUCAUUUCCCAAAGUAUACGAUAGAGAAAAGAGUUAUAUUGCCUUCUUUGUUGGAAGUGGUGAACACUGUUAUGAUCAGUUGUCAAGAGAGUUGGGGUUUGAGUUAACAAGAACAGGAAGUGGGAGUGGAUCCAGGUGAAAGAAGGGAGACCAUGUGCAUUUUCAGACUUAUAUUUUUGAUCCCAGAAAGGAAUGGUGUGUGGUAUGGUGGAGGAAAGAGCAGGUGACCACAGCUCUCAAAGAAGGUUCUCAGUGAAGUUAUCUUGAAGGCCCUAACAAUCAUAGGAUGAAAGGGUGAGGGACAUGGAAGGGUUAUGCACUGGUUGAAAGACUGACUUGCCUUAUUUCUUUCUCUCCUCUUCUUCCAACUUUCACACAUAUCAGCUAAAAAAUGUCUUUGUGAGAAAAUAUGGAAGAAAAAGAAAAGGCUAAGAGAUGGAGAAAGGAUUAUUAUGAUCAAACUAGAUGUAUCUAGUAUAAUAACAUUCACUGAACUAGUCAAUGUCAAUAAUUGUUAAUAAAAUAUUGUCAUAUUUAUUUGAUUGGACUCAUGUCCGAUGUCUGACAUAGCAGUGCUCAGAAUUAUUCCAUUUUUAUAUAGUGUAGGCUAUACCUCACUGAUGAUUCACGUUGUAUUACUCUGAUGACUUCUUUUUUUCAUUUUUAAUUGAUCUUUUUUUCAAUGUUUUCUGCCUGUAGUUUUGAUAAAAUUUUCAUUUUGUUCUUAUAAUCAGUUUAAUCUCGCCUAUAAUGUUUUAUCGGUAUUUCUUCUGUGACUUCUCAGAGUUCUUAUACAGGUUAGUUAUUUUUAUAUUUUGCAGACUUUUUAAACUUUUGACUAAUUUCAAACACUGAAAUACACAAAUCUUUUAAGUAGAUAAAUGCUUAGAAAUGCAUAUAAUUUUUAUAUGUACUUAUGCAUUGCACUAAGUUCAAAAUAGGAGAUACAUGUAUAAACAUUCAAUAGUAAUUUGAAAAAUAAAAUAAGUAAACCUUCAUAAAUGCACUUAAUUUUUAUAAAGUUGCUACUUGUCAGCUGUUGGUUUUAACAUUUUAAAAUUAAAUACUCAUUUAAUAUGGAGUGACCCUUUGCAAACUUUUCCUACUUGAAUCUUGGAGGAAGCAUGCCUAAAUAGUCAUAUGUAUUUUCUAAAUUAUAUAUAAAAUAUGAUAUCUAUUGUAUGUCAUUCAAUCUAAGAUGCUGUCAAUCUAAGGCAUACUUUAUUUACCACUAAAAAGAAAAAAUGCUGCAAAUUGUGAAACAAUACUGUAAAAAAUCAUACUGAUAGUGUUAUGGAUCGAACUGUGUCUCCCCAAAAAUAUGUGUUGGAGUCCUGACCCUAACACUUUAGGAUGUAAGCCUAUUUGGAAAUAGGGUUUUGUUGUUGUUGUUGUUGUGUUGAUGAGGUGAUACCAGUGUAGGCUGUGCCCCGAACUUACUUCUUAUCUAGAUAAACAGCAGCAUAGACACACAGACAAGCAAGCAAAUUUGGGGUGGGGGGAGGGGUAGUAAUAGAUGCCAUGUGAGGAUUACCAAGGAACCCAGGAACACUGAGGAUACAGACAAUGAAGGACAAGGGUUUUCCCCCAGAGCCAACAGAGAGAGAGCCUUCCCCUAGAGCUGGUGCCCUGAAUUCAUGCUUCUAGCCUCUUGAAAAUAAAUUUCUCUCUUUUAAAGCCACCCAUUUGUGGUAUUUCUGUUACAGCAUCACUAGGAAAAUAAGACAGAUAGUAAGGCCCUUUCUGACUUCAGAGUUGGUGAAGAGUGAACAGUGUGUAUCUCGGAAGUGAUGAAAUAUAUGCCUGAUAAAUGAACAGAACAGGGCUAAUCCUCUAUGAAAAAAGAGAUGGAAAGAUAAAUACUUUGAUAGUAUUUAUUUGGGCUGGCAUGCUGAGUGAUUUGGCUACUUAUUUCAAAGGUGCCUUACGAACCUUGGGAAUAAGAUUUAUAGUCCCUGAGCACAGGAACUUUACUUUUGGGUUUUUUGAAGUACUUAGUACAAUGCUAGGCUCAUAGGUGCUCAGUAAAUUCUUAUUGAAAAGACGUACACUAGGCAUGUUCCUGGAAAAAGGAGUGUAAAUUCUAGUUUUUUAAUGCAAGUCUUUUAAAUUUGCACUGGAGGAACUUUAAAAUGUUUUUCUUUAUAAUAAGAGUACUAUGUAUUUACUCUAAAAAGAUAAGACAAUAGUAAAACACAUCCUAUACCCAAGAAGCAGUCAUAAUUAUUAGUAUGGUAUAGAUCUUUCAAAACAUAGUGUAGUCUCCUUUUCCAUAUUCAUAUGUUUGUAUAUAUAAACGUCUAAUGCUAUCCUUAGGUAAAUCCUUUUAUAAAAUGAAGUUUUCUAUUCUAAUUUAUAUAAUAGCCAUCCUCUCUCACACAAAAAGAACUGGCUUAUAAAAUCAUAUUUUAAAAUACUUAUUAGCUCAUCUUAAAUGUGGACCAACUCCAUUGGUAUAAUUGACAAAACAUUCCUAAGAAUACUGGUUCCUAAGUGUUGGUUUCAGUUGGCCUAUGUAGAAAUGGACUCAAUACAGAAGAGUGAAGAAAGACUUAGGGAUAUAAAUGCCAAUUACAAAUAAUAUUUUAGGUCAGGUUUCUUUAUGAGCCAUGAGGUCUUUUGAUAAAAGUAACUGAACAGUCAUAAUAAUAAUGAUUUUACAGAAUUUUUUUGUGACUUUUUGGCAACUCUUUUCCUGCAGCAAGGGUCUUGACACUUGAAGAAGCUAUAUCCCCACAUUAUGAUUUCAGGAAAAUAGAAAUUCAGGCAUACAAAGUAAACUUUGAUUCUAAUCAUUGCCAUUAGUAAGGGUUGAGUCAACAAAACAGAAACUAUGUUAAUUAUUUUAAACAGAAGGAAUUUAAUACAGGUAAUUGGUUAAUACAGGAAAUUGGAAGGUUGAAAGAGCAAGAGGUGGACAUUGCUACACCCCAGAGACUGAUAAUUUAACAAAGUAACUAUAGUCAAGCAUCAUUUAACUUCCCUGAUACGUUCUUUGAAACAGGACGUUAUGUGAUUCGGACAUUGUGCAAACACCGUAUUAUAUACUUAGCAAAGCUAUAUGAGAUACCUUUUGCUUCACUUCCAAAUUGAUACUUCCCAUUUGCCUCUUCCUGCUGCUAUCACUAACACUGGUUUUGCUGCAUUUGGGAGCUGUCAU